AUGAGCUGUACAGUGAGAACUAUUGGCAGUACAGUGAGUACUAUGAGCAGUACAGUGAGUACUAUGAGCAGUACAGUCAGAACUAUGAGCGGUACAGUCAGAACUAUGAGCAGUACAGUGAAUAGUACGAGCAGUACAGUGAGUACUAUGAGCAGUACAGUUAAAAUUAUGAGCAGUACAGUGACAAUUAUGAGCAGUGCAGUGAGUACUAUGAGCAGUACAGUGAGUACUAUGAGCAGUACAGUGAGAAUUAUGAGCAGUACAGUGAGAAUUAUGAGCAAUGCAGUGAGUACUAUAAACAGUAGAGUGAGAACUUUCAGCAGUACAGUGAGAACUAUGGGCAGUACAGUGAGAACUUUGAGCUGUACAUUGAGAACUAUGUACAGUACAGUGAGUACUAUGAGCAGUACAGUGAGAACUAUGAACAGUACAGUGAGUACUAUGAGCGGUACAGUGAGAACUAUGAACAGUGCAGUGAGAACUAUGUGCAGUACAGUGAGUACUAUGAGCAGUACAGUGAAAACUAUGAACUGUACAGUGAGUACUAUGAGCAGUACAGUGAGAACUAUGAACAGUGCAGUGAGAACUAUGAGCAGUACAGUGAGAACUAUGAGCAGUACAGUGAGAACUAUGAGCAGUACAGUGAGAACUAUGAGCUGUACAGUGGGAACUAUGAACAGUACAGUGAGAGCUAUGAGCGGUACAGUGAGAACUAUGAUCAGUACAGUGAGAACUACGGGCUGUACAGAGAGUACUUUGAGCGGUACAGUGAGAACUACGAGCAGUACAGUGAGUACUGUGAGCAGUACAGUAAGUACUAUGAACAGUACAGUGAGAUCUAUGAGCAGUGCAGUGAGAACUAUGAGCGGUACAGUGAGAACUAUGAGCAGUGCAGUGAGAACUAUGAGCAGUACAAUGAGAACUAUGAGCGGUACAGUGAGAACUAUGAGCAGUACAGUGAGAACUAUGAGCGAUACAGUAAGUAAUAUGAGCGAUACAGUAAGUAAUAUGAGCAGUACAGUGAGAACUUUGAGCGGUAUAGUGAGUACUAUGAGCAAUACAGUGAGUAAUAUAAGCAGUGCAGUGAGUACUAUGAGCAGUACAGUGAGUACUAUGAGCUGUACAGUGAGUACUAUGAGCAGUGCAGUGAGUACUAUGAGCAGUACAGUGAGUACUAUAAGCAGUACAGUGAGUAUUGUGAGCAGUGAGUACUAUGAGCAGUGCAGUGAGUACUAUGAGCAGUACAGUAAGUACUGUUAG